AUGGAUCAAAAGUCUAGUACAGAUAACAAAGAAGCCCUAAAACAUGGCUCGUUUGUCGUCAACUUCAGUGCCAUAUCCUUUGGGUCAGGUCCUUCGGAAUUUCUCACGAAACGCGCUGAAUCCUUAGAUUGCGACAAAACAGACACAAGUCCAGAGAUACAUGAACCUACAUGUUACAUUGUACUGAGAAUACGCGUUCUGAACAAGGAUUGUGAUGCCAAACAUUGGGGUCUCUGCUCUGAAAUGGUAACAAGACCGCUGCUGGCUAAAUACAAAAAGAACGAUCAUGGUAUUGUAUCUUGUCUGCUGAAUCAUUCAGAGACGCUUCCGCUCUACUUACAGCCUGGCCAUGAGUUUUAUACAAGAAUACAAGAAGGUUCUGAUGAUACAAAUUGUCUAUUUCAGUCGUACAAAUUCCUGGUAUGUAUAGGGGCAUCAGUUGUAAGAGAUGGAAAGGUUUUCUGCUUGGGAUAUGGAUCUAGAGUUUUGAGAGCAAUUGAUCUGUUUGGGAAAAGACUGAGUGCCACACUCACAGACAACGAAUCUGACGAUGUUAAAGCCAACACAUCCAUGUUAUUUUUUGGAAUUAAUGUUAAGGAUAUUAAGUGGGUGCCGUCUGAUUAUGUCGCAAUGCUCAAGGAUUAUAGUCAUAGAAAAGAAGAUGUUCUUAGGGAAACCAAUAUGGGAUUUCUCAUACCAGAAACAUCCGAUGUUUGCUUCCAACAGGUUCAAUCCGAAUGUCCACAAGACACCAAUUUUAUCGAUAUAGAAGACCUACUCGGUGAGAAUUCAGACGAUAUUCCAAAGAAAAAAAAUCACAAUUCGCACAAGUUCAGGGAUUUAGACUCCAAUCGCAGAGAGGUUAAAAGUAUAGAGGAAAAACCUGCAAACCUUUCAGAAUCUCUGUAUAUAGAUACUACUAAACUGAUCAGUCGCACAAACUCCACUUUUUGGCCUAAACAAACAUUUCAAUGCCUAGUGGAAAUUGAGAACAAGUUUAUGGAUGAAUGCAUGCAAGCUCAACCCUUGGAAAGGAUACUUGGUGAUAUGCUAAAAUCACUUUACGCCAUAACUAUUGACAUAGGUUGUUCAACUCUACUGAAUAAACUUUGGAUCAAAAAAGGACAUGAAAAUACUUCUAUAUCACUCGUUAUCGCAGGUAGCCAGAGUAUACCAGAUAUCAAGCUGGGACCAGAAAUGUAUGAAAUAGCAAUAUUACUAGAUUUACACUUUACUUCGGCAGAUUUGGAAGCUGAAAUGUUGGAAACAAAAUUAGGUUAUAUAAAAUCUUAUAACCAGCGUUUUGAAAUUUCAACUAUAAAGAUUGGGAAGGACCUAGAGGAUUUUAAGCCCUUUGAGGAAAGGUUAUCUGAAUUUCCAGAGCCGUUGAAGUCACCAAACAACAGUGCUAAUGACAACAAUAAUGAAAAGAACUUGAAAGAUAUAAAAAAUGUAGUAUGUAGAUUAAAUUUGUCAAAUGAAUACACUAACGCCAAUUCACAGUUCUUUGACAAAAAUGAAUCCUUAGUUUCCUUGGUAUCUGUACCAAUGGAAAAAAACUGGGCACUAAUAAAGAGCAAAGUAUACAAUGUUAAAUCAUCAUCCCAAGGAAAUGAUGCGAUCAAAUUUAUCUGGCCCAAUUUUGUAUAG